GUCAAUUUUUGUAGUGAAAGCUUCUCAAUGGCGACCCUAACUCAGCUAGUACUCUCAUUCUUCUUCCUUCUCUCCUUUUUGUCCGUCGUUAUUUCCGACGAUGACGAUUGCGUUUACUCGAUCUACACAAGGACCGGAUCCAUCUGGAAAGCCGGAACCGACUCCAUCAUCGGCCUACGGCUCUACGACGCCUACGGCGACUGGGUGGAGAUCCGCAACCUGGAAGCAUGGGGCGGGUUAAUGGGGCCAGAUUACAACUAUUUCGAGAGGGGUAAUUUGGACAUUUUCUCUGGUAGGGGACGGUGCUUGGAUGGCCCUGUUUGUGGCAUGAACUUGACCUCCGACGGUUCGGGUCCACACCACGGAUGGUACUGUAACUACGUGGAAGUCACCAUGACCGGCGUCCAUACACCGUGUAGCCAGGUGCAGUUCACCGUGGAGCAGUGGUUAGCGCUCGAUGCCCCGCCUUACGACCUCACCGCUGUCAGGAACAACUGUCCCUCGGAAUAUCCCGAUGGUCGCCGUCUUCGGAAGUCUAUCUCUAGCGUGUGAUGAGCUUUUGUAUUUAAUUACCAUAAUAAUGAUGUUGAUUAUGAUUAUGAUAUUAAUGGUGGUUAUUAUUUGCUAGUGGAGGGUUGGU